AUGUAAAACAGCUACCUUACCUAAUUAGAUUGUAAUCUAUUAUUCUAAUUAACUCUAUAGAAAUCUAAGAGUAAGCUAUUCAAAUGGCAUAUUAAUAACCAUAGGAAGGUUAAUGGACUAAAGAACAUGAUAAAAAUGAUUGCAUCAUUUAUUCUAAAUUAAAUUAAGUUGGCCUGAAGAUGACAAGAACUGAACUAAAAUUAAAUGUAGAUCCAAAGAAAGCAAUGGAUGUUAUUUUUGAUAUGACUAGGAGAUCUGAAUUUGAUGAGAAUUUCUUGGAAGUAAAUAAAUUGAUCAUUUUAGGGCAAAAUUGUAGAAAAAAUAGAUGAAAAUAAUGUUAUUUAUUAUGGAGCUGGUAAAUCUCCUAUUGUCUUAGUCGAUCCAAGAGACAUGGUAGCUCUUACUAGAAGAACUAUACUGAAAGAUGGAACUCAUAUAGUUGUUUGUAAAAUUAAUAUAUAAAUUCUAGCUAAAUCUGUCUAAUUAGAUUCUGUUCCUAAUAAGAAGAAUUAUACUCGUUGUGAAAUUAUUAUUUCAGCAUUUUUGAUUAAAGAAAUAACUCCAGGAACAUGUUAGGUUAUUAUCAUUGCUAAUGUUGACCCAAAAGGUAGCAUUCCAAAGAUGUUAAUCAAUUCUGGAGUAUCUAUGUAAGCAGAUGCUGUUAAAAAAUUGAUGGAAAAAAUGAGAUAAUAAACUUUGAAAGUUUGA